UUCCUCUUCUUUCUUCUUCUUCUCGUCUCUGUGUUCUUUUUUUCUCUCUUUUUUCUUUUUUCUCCUUGUUGUCACUGUUCAAAUCUCAAGUCGUCAUGUCGAUUACUUUGGAUAGGGUUCGGCGGGUUGAUCAACACUCUGGAUUCUCGCCGGAGGAUUUGGGUUAUGGAUCUAUGUUUGAGAGGUUGGAGACUGGGGAUGUGGAUCGCGGUGUUGAAGGGUUUGAAAAGGAGGCUGAGGAAUCUAAUACUUGCAGCUCAGCUUCAACUUCUUCGUCUUCUUCCAUCGGGAGGAAUAGUGAUAAGUCCGCGAGAUCGUCGGAUGAUGAGGAUAGCGGCGAGAAUGAUGAGGUUCAGAGCUCCUAUAAAGGGCCGCUGGAUAUGAUGGACUCCUUGGAGGAGGUUUUGCCUGUCAGAAAAGGUAUCUCAAAGUUCUACAAUGGAAAAUCGAAGUCUUUCACGAGUUUGGCCGAUGCGUCCACUGUUUCCUCAGUGGAGGAGAUUGUGAAGCCAGAAAAUGCCUAUUCCAAGAAACGUCGGAAUCUUAUGGCUUUCAAUCUGGUGUGGGAGAAGAACCGGAGUUUACCCCUCAAGAAUAACGGUGGAGGGAUAUCAAAGAGACCCAUCAGCUCAAGCAGGAGCUCCUUCGCUUUGGCCGUUGCUAUGAGCAGCUCCGAAAGUAACAGCAGUGAGGAAUCAAAUUGUAGCUCAUAUUCAAGCUCUCCACCGCCUCGCCCACCUCUGCAUCCACAAUCCAAAGCGUCUAGCAAUCUGGCUUCCAUUGUGCCACCACAACGAAAUUUCUCCACUUGGCGUUCAUAUUCCUUGGCUGAUCUACAAGAGUGUGCCACCUCUGCUAAUAAAGCCAACCUAACAAAUCUAAACUGACCCGGGAAAUUUCCUUCUCUUGCAUAGGUACGCAAGAGUCUUUUUAACUAUUCUAGGGACCCUGAGGUUUUUUCUAGUCUGAUUUUUGGUCUUAUGGUCGUUACUGUACUCUAUAUUAAAGACCAAAACUUUCAUGUCUCGUUGUUUAUAAUGAAAUGGGGUGAGUCGCAUUUUUCAACACCUGUCUGGAUUGGCCUAAGACAACCAUACCAUCCACCUACCCACACAAACAAACAGCCACCUCGUAGGCUAGUUUGCCCAAUGCAACCAUAACUUCCAAAUUCUGUUUGGUUCACCAAGAUUGAUAGCCUGAUUGGUUGAGCAACUUCUAAGACCGUUCUUACGCUUUAUCGAAACAUUGAAUGAAAAGAUACAACCACAACGGAUAUAGUGACCUUCCACAGUCCAUCUCCCAGUAACGUUCAAGGACAUCUGCACGUUUCGACACAUUUGGUUCACACUUUACAGGAUUUGGGUCCCUGAUAUUCUUAGUUUCCCAGCUUCAUGUAUGGUUAGAUUUAACUACGGCUUUGUUAUAGACCUUGAGAAUGUAAACAUGCUCAUUGCUGCAAUUUGCUCGUUGCCUAGGCAUUUGCAAGCAUUCCCAAUGGCAUUGAUGAGUUUAUUUUGCUGA